AUGCCACAAGUUGUUAUGAGUUACGCUGAACCCGAAAGUAUCGACAAGCAACAGGAUGUUAUUGAGCAUUGUCUUCGACGAAUCCUUCAAGGCCCGCGUCCAGAUCCUAAAUGCACUCUUCGGCCACACAUAGAACAAGUCCGUAUGCUCCGGCGCAUGAUAUAUGGAUAUGGCGACACUUUAUUCAUUGCCAGAACUGGCUAUGGAAAGAGUCUUAUUCUUCAAUCCUAUACAAUUCUGACAGGGAAGAUAACCAUUCAACUGAUUCCUCUAAACAAGCUUGGUGAUCAGCAGACAGAUGAUAUAGCUCAGUUUCCCUCUACCAAUCCUUGUCUGAUCAGUGCCAGCAAUCUCCAGGGAGAAGAGCACUUACUCAAACGUAUCCAACAGUGUGAAUAUACACAUAUCUUACUCAGUCCAGAGCAAGCGCUUUCCAAGCAGUUUCAGUGUAUCCUUCAAGACCCUACUUUACAAGAAAAGAUUGGGCUUGUAGCUAUUGAUGAGUGUCAUCUUAUCACUCAGUGGAGUGGAUUCCGUGGUCAGUUUGCCAGGCUGGGGCAUCUGAGAUUGCUUUUGCGUGAGGACAUUGUCUGGUUUGGCUGUUCUGCAACCCUCAGCAGUAAAGAUGAAGAUAUUAUUCUUCAAAAUGCUGGAUUUCGUUCUGUUGGUGAUAAUCCACGGCAGACUCAGAUUAUUCGAACCUCCAUUAACCGUCCUGAUAUUUUUAUUGGUAUACAUCCAAUUCCACGUGGUAAAUUAGCAUCCUAUGAUAUGCUAUAUUUCUUAUUGAAUGAGGCCGUUGAUACAGAUGGAAAGAUCAUACCUCAAUCUAUCUUAAAAACUAUUGUUUUUAUUGAUAGUAUUGUCAAAGUUCAUCAAGCAGUGCAGUUUUUCCGAUCAAUGCUUCUUCAGCUCUGUCAGAAUAACAGCCAAAAUACUGAUGAUAUUGACACCUCUUUCAUCAAUGACACCAUCCAGCUUUUUCACUCUCGAGUGUCCGAAGUGGACAAGAAUAAUCGCUUCAAGGAGUUCAUGGAACCAACAUCGAAAAUACGAAUCAUGGUGGCAACAACCUCACUGGGUAUGGGUAUAAAUAUUCCAGAUGUCGAGCGUACUGUUGUAUGGGGAUUUCCUAUCGAGGGAGGUGAUAUCGCGGAUGUUUGGCAACGAUGUGGACGAGGGGGUCGCAGACCAGGUCGAAAGAGUCAUGCCUUGAUUUUUCUUCCCUACUGGGCAUUUGACUCCGAAGGUUAUGAAAAGAAAGCUCUUCAACAUUCUCAACCAUUAGCCAGUCAGCUAUCACAGUUCAUGAACUUCGAGGACAUAUCUGAUGCUGAAAGUAUUGCAUCAAAUAUGACAAGUCAGAGUCAAAGUCAAUGUAGGACAACAACUGUAAAGGCAUGGACAGAGAGUGAAAUGCAAAGACGAGCCAAUCUCUCUGCUGACUGGAAGACAAUUAUCAAUGGCCCAUGCCACCGAAAAGGCCUUCUGACAUAUCUUGGUGAGGAUCGACUUCCAUUUGGCAUGGAUAGAAUGGACACUUCUAUGGAGGAAUGCUGCAGCAGAUGCAAUUCUAGCCGCGUACCUGCAUUCAAACAGCCACCCACUACAAACACUAUCAAGGGACCUCGAGUCAAUAGUCGCAGUGCUAUUCUGUUGUCAGUACUUAAGAACUGGUGUACGCAACGUGCAGAGGAACAGUGUCAUCAUGAUCGAGGCUUUCCGGUGCCAGCAUCACGGUUUAUGUCUACCCAGUGUCAGUGGCAGAUAGCUGCUUUAUUUCACAAGGAGACACCCACCUUUGGAUCCAAUUGGAAUGAAUUGUGUGAUGCUGCCAAUCUUCUUCAAACUUGGAGCUAUCAAGAUGAAUUUGAUGAUCAGCUUCACAGCUUUCUGUUGAGUCAAAUUGCAGUUGUAAACAACACAUAUGAAGCUGUUCGCAUAGCAAGAUAUCAACGUCAGACAGUCAGAAACAUGGAGAAAGCAGCAGAAAUUGCAGUAUCUACUGAGAUAUCAGGCAGUGAUUCAGUCAGCGAAGAGACAGCAGCUCAGCAGCUCACAGCUGCAUGGCCCACAACUAUUGCCAGUGCUUCCACUACUCCGCAGUCUACUCCUCCUCCAAGCCCACGAGUUUGCAAAUCUACAACUGCUCAAGUUCACACUCCACGCAAGCGGCGAAGUAAUAACAAGAGUAUUGAUAUUCAAACCCCUCGCAAACGAACACCACUUGGUGAACGGAAUGCAAAUGCAGAGAUUGUAUUCACAAAGAUAUCUCGUUUUGGCCGUGUUCAAACUCCUUCUCGCAGAGGAAGAGACAACUUCUCUAUAGAAAAUGAUAGUAUCAAAUAG